CUAAACCUUGCAAUUAGCAAGACAAAUGAAUCAAAUUUAAAAUUUGCACUCUGUCAAUAAUAAAUUUAAAGAUAUUUAUAAUUCCUGGCUGUAAUGAAAUACAAAGUUAAAAUUGUUUAUUUCGUUAUUUAACGAGUUAAUCAGGUCUCGGUCGGUCAGGUUCGGCGCGUUACGAAUGAUACGAGGUGCCUUGAGGCCAUCGCUAGUCGAGGGGGCUCCCUCUUCGGGGGAAACGAGCAGGAGAGACCGAUCCCGUGGCGUGCAGGAAGAGACAAGGCAGUGGGAGAGAACGAAACGUAUAUACCAGUACCACGGUCCGCGGUCUCGUGGAUCUGCCUACACUCUGCACCAGCACUCUGCGACCAUUCCGCAGUAACACGUCGUCCAAGUCGGUUUCGUAGCGUUCCGCGGUCCCUGGCCUCUUGCCACGAGGCACCAGUGCUCACCAGUGCUCCCCGAGAUGCUACAAGAAGCGACCCGCUCACGGGCCGGCUUCCACUGAUCCUUGCUACCUCUAAAAAAACAUUCUUCAGCCAGUUCUACCCGAGUAAAAAAUCCAACGGUCUAACAACGGAAUUCACGGUGUCAAAUACGGUUCGGCUUCCUUGAACUCGGUGGUAUAUCACAACGGCGGUGAUGUUGGGCCCGUGGUGAACGGUGAACAGGACUUUGACGAACGUACAAGGAUCUCGCGGUGAUUCUCCGUGUAUUCAGAGCUCGGUGCUCGGGCUUAACAAGGACAAGUGUUUUGGGAAGUGUUUCGACAAGUGUACUCUCUGUGCAGUGACGUUCGGUUUUUUUCGAAUCGACGAGAGGAUGACGAGCCUCAGAACGGAUCCGGAGGAUUUCAGUGCGAAUGAUGUACCUGGAUGCUGCGGAGAGCGGAAGUGACAGGGAUAUUUCGUAUUUCGACGGGCUCGGGGAACGACUCGGAAUUAAAAUGUGUUUCGUCGGUGGUUCGAGCGAUUGUUUCGGGUGACUCUUUCGGGACCGAUUACUUAGUAAACAGAAACGUCGGAUUCCAACACUUUCCGCAACUGGAGACUACGCAAAUGAUUGAGACCUACGAUGUAGCAGCAUCUACCAUUUGCCACGGGCUAAAGGGUCUCUCGCAGGGCCAAGGAAAACUGUGCCAGCUUUCCGUGGAUCAUAUGCCAAGCGUAGCAAGAGGCGCCAAGUUUGGAAUCCUCGAGUGCCAGCAUCAAUUUCGCGACCGAAGAUGGAACUGUUCCACUGUCCAUGACGAGUCCGUAUUCGGACCUAUGCUAAGAUUAGCUAGCAGGGAAACAGCAUUCGUUCAUGCAAUCACAGCUGCAGGAGUAGUGUAUUCGAUCAGUCGAUCCUGCAGAGAUGGUCAGUUAUCCUCAUGUGGCUGUUCGAGAAGUAGUAGACCUAGAGAUUUGGAUCGGCAUUGGAUUUGGGGAGGCUGUGGAGACAAUCUUGAGUAUGGUUACAAAUUUACCCAGGCAUUUGUCGACGUAAGGGAACGCGAACGCAGCUUUAGAAGAGGUAGCAGAGAACAAGGCAGAAGCCUAAUGAAUCUUCAUAAUAACGAAGCUGGUCGCAGGGCUGUUAUUAAAAGGUCAAAGGUGACAUGCAAGUGUCACGGUGUUUCCGGAAGCUGUAGUUUGAUUACUUGCUGGCAACAGCUGGCAUCAUUUCGAGAAAUUGGUGAUUUUCUCUUAGAUAAAUAUGAUGGAGCAACAGAGGUCAGGGUAAAUAGACGUGGACGUCUGUCCAUGCGGGAUCCAAGAUUUUCAUUACCCACAGCAAAUGAUUUGGUUUAUUUGGAUGAUUCUCCAAACUAUUGUCUCCCUAAUGAGACAUUCGGAUCGCUAGGUACACACGGCAGAAUUUGCAACAGAACAUCAUCCGGUAUGGAUGGAUGUAAUCUCCUUUGUUGUGGUAGAGGGUACAACACUCAGAAAUCAACUAUCAGAGAAAGAUGCGAGUGUAAAUUUCAUUGGUGUUGUUUUGUAGAAUGUAAAACUUGUGUUAAGAGUAUAGACAUUCACACUUGCAAAUAAAAUCUCAGUCAUAUCAGUACUUGUGAAAACUUGAUUUGCUCUUUGUAAUUCAACUUCGUUUGUAUUUUUGGAAAAUCUGAUGAAGCGAAAAAGAUAUUUUGUAUUAUACAGAUUGUGGCCGGACGGGUGGUACAAUCGAGCAGAGGGUGAUACUACAUGUAAAAAUAAGUCAAAAAAAGAAAUAACAUUCUUUCGUUUGACGGUUUGUUUUCGAGAAAAUCGAGUUUGAAAAUUCUAUCCAAUACGCGUGCACUCUAGGUUUAAAUAUGUAUUAUAAAUAAGAAAUGUUAAUGUAUGGAUAAUACAUAUAUUAAUUUUAUUGCCAUUUCUAACGUUAAUUACAUAACAUUAUAAAAUAAACUGUUCAAAGUGCUGUCCUUGUUGGCGCGUACAUAUCAUUGCCUUAUUAGUUCAGUACAUACGUACUAGAUAAAAUUUUCAAACUCGAUUUUCUCAAAAACUAAGCGUUAAACGAAAAAAUGUUAUUCCUUUUUUUCGACUUAUUUUUACAUGUAGUAUCCCCUUUUGCUCGGUUGUACCACUCAUCUGGCCACACCCUGUAUACAGGACAAUUCAUUAUUAAUAAAUAAGCAUGCCUUCAAGAAUAAAUUCAAAAUAUCAAAAUAAAUUUUAAAGUUCAUAUAAACAUGAUUUAAAGAGUCAAUAUUUCAUCUGACGUUGUUUCCAAGUUACAGGCGUUCCUGUAUUUUGUCUACACAAAAGUCUUUUUUUUAAAUGACUUUAAAAUUGAGCUUAAAUAUUUAGUAAUAUUUAUAAUAUUAAUUAUUUAUUUAUUAGUAAUACUUAAUGUGAUGUUGAUUGUAGAUAACUUCGUGGAAUUAGUUAUAUUAGCUCAGUUUGUACCGAAAAUUAUGAGAAUACAAAAAUUCCUAUAACUUGAACAUGAAGUUAAAUACAGUAGAACUCCAUUUAUUUUAAUCGGUUGAGGAACAACCAAGUUCUGAUAACUGGAUAGUUCAUGUAACUGAAGUUUACUAAUUCCCAUAAAUGAUACGUUGCGAGAUCCGAGUUCGGAUAAAUGGAGUUCUACUGUAGUUUUUAUAUUUAUAUAAACUUUCGUAAUUAUUUUGUAACACUAAAGUCACUUUUGAAGUUAAAUUUAUUAAUAAUGAAAUAUUCUGUAUACACACACCUCUUAGUAUUACAGUAAAGUACCUGUAUUUUAAUAUUAUAGCAAGUAUCUACAUGUCUCAUAUCUUCUUACCCAUUUGAUUGAUUAUCAAAUUUUAUCAUGCAAAUUAAAUAUACAGAUAAAUUUAAAUAAAAGAUUUCAAUAAUACAGUUGUAAAUUUGGAUAACUUUUAACGUAAAAUAACAGCAGUAAUAAAUUAAUUGACAUGUCAAAACAGUACAUUUAUUAUCUACAUAUAUUUUUAAUUCAUUAAAAAGAUGAUGAACUAUUUUUAUUUUUAUUUCACUGUAAACUGCAAGUCUAUUAAUUUACAUACAGAAUUUGUUCGAAACACUUUCUUAUAUAUCUAACAAUUUUCGCCAUUGUAUACUUGAGUUAUCGAUACCAAAAGAAAAAAAAUGUAAAUCCUUUACUUUGUAUCGUUCUAUAGACUUAUAAAGUUUUAUAAAAAUCGAAGAGAGACACUUUACAGAUGAUUCUCGUUGGCGCCGGUUACAAGAUUAAAACAGAGAAUAUAAAAUUCUUUUUCCAUCAUAUUUACCCAUUAAAAUUAUGCAAAUUAUAUCAAUGACGUUUUUUUGUAUUUUCAAAACUAAUUUUAUCAAAUGCUCUGUUUUAAAUGGACUAGACUAUAUAAUUGUUACCUAGUAAGGUGUAUGACAUCUCCAAGGUACCUUUACGGGAAGACAUUUUUAGUAUCCUCACCUAAACUAAUAUUCAAAGAAUCAUAUACCCUUCAUAAACAAUGCUUAUUGAAAGAAAGUACUUUAUGUAUAUUAUCAUUACUCAAUAUAAUCAAAUGUAAUGUUGAACAUACAAAGAGUCAAAAUUGUUUUUAUUCAUCAACACUGAUUCUCAUAUUAAUAAAAAUGUUAAGCAAAGAUUAAGUGCUUUGCACGUCUGUUUCUUCGAAUUCUAGUGCAUACUUUCAUGCGUUAAUGCGAAGAGCAUAAUUUAUCAACAAAAACGUGUGUUCAUAUCAUUUCUCACAAUAAUUGCAUAUGUACAAGACAUGAGUUUAUUAAUUCAUUUGUAAAUGUAUUAAUCAAUGCGUUAAGCGGCCUAUAAAGAAUAUGUACACAAAAAUUUACAUUAUGCUCAAUUAGUUGUAAUUAUUAAUAUAUUUAUUUGUAUCUCAAUCAAACCAAUAUUGACAAAUGACUGACAAUCUGUGAUUUCACACAUUUAAAGAAAUCAAACAAAACUUAUGACAUUUUAACACUAAGUAAAUAUGUACUAUUACUCAGAAUCGUAAUGCAAUUACAAGUGCAGUAUUAUCUUUAUCAAGAAUUACUUUUUAUUAGUAUAAAAUAAGUCUAUUAUAAGGUGUAGCAAUGAUCGAUUCUACACAUUUAUAUUUGAUGGUUUGAUACAUUGUAACUACUGAAUUUACCAUAGGUUAGAUGUUUAUUUAAUAUUGAUAUGAUUAUUUAUUGCUAUCCUUGUGUAGUGUAUUGUGUAUAAACUUAUAUACUUCAAGUUUAAAAAGUUUAAAUAAUAAAACAAAUUGUGCUAAAUUGGAAAUUAUUUCUUUAUAACUAUUCCUUCCCAUUUUUUAAAACCUUUAAUAGCAAUUAAAUAGUUAAAAUUUAAACAGAAAUCUUAACGAAUUUUUUGGUUGCAACUAAUUAUUUAUUUCAU